CCCAGCCUUGCGCCUGCGCACAACCGAACACUCGCUUUCCUUUGCCCUUCUUUAGGUUCCGCCUACCGCCGGGGGACAGAUCGCACCCUUGCUCCGGAUCAGCCCCUCCCAUCCACUCUGCCUCUGCCCUUACCUGUCCCUGCAGCGCCACCUCUGGGCCGCCAGGAAAACAGCGGGUUCUUGUAGCACCGCGGAAGAGGGCAGGGAAAAUGGACAACGUGUGAUUGAAUGGACUAGAAUAUCUUUUAUGAAAUCCUGCUGCUAAACUAUGCUACUUAACCCUGGCACGUCAGUAAAACUUGUCCAGCACUGGAGUUCUGCGAUUCUCAUUGAUGGUGCACUUGGUCUCAGCUGGAUGUUCUUGCUGAUCUUCUGGGCAUGGGACCUGUUGCCGGAAUUCUCAAAUGUCUUUGCUGGGAACAGAAUUUUACUGCACUUGCCAGGGGCCAGGGCUAUACUACCCAAAAAGAUGACAUUGGACUUCCUGGAACUUGUGCAAGAGGCAAAAGGUUUUCUGACCUUAUCCAUAGGCUCCAUCAGACCUCGAAUGAGCGCGUGGUGCUCGCCCAAGAAUAAAGAGAUGCAAGAAGGCAGUACAGCCCUUGCUUUGCUGGGCGAGGCGAGAGGCAUUGGAUGAUGAAUUUCUGCAAAGGCAUUGGUGGUGGUUAUGAGGAAUAAAUCCUGCAGAUGGAUCAAAUCAAAACAUCAGAUCUCAAGGCUGGAUAAAAGAGUCCUGAAAAGGAGGGAGAAACAGAAAUUAAGGACAGGAAAGAGCAGUUGGUUAUUGAAAAGAAAAUCUUCUGCUGUUUAAAUAAAGAGCAAAGAGCUUUCAUUGUUGGCUCCCCACAUGGCUGUAUCUUUUUUGAGCAGCAAGUUGCAAGAUCAAGAAAGUAGAAGGAACUUAGACUUGAACUAAUUAGUAGUAAUGAAAAUGUACGAGACAUCAACAACGAAUUUCCUAGGCAAUUUCAUUUCCAAAGCACAUUCGCAUGUAUCACAGGUAAAAUGUUUUCCACAAACACUAUUUUUAAAAUAGGAUUUUAUUUGCAAAAGCAAUUUUUGUGGCCUAAGGAAGAAACGGCUCAUUGAAACAGAACUUUGCUGAUUUGGUUUCAAAGAAUUCUAUGAUUUGAAGAAUUCUGUGGAACAUACGGGUUCAGAAGUCUCUGUACACAGAACAAGCAUAUCUGAUAAUGAAAAUGUUCUUUUGGUCCAGCCUUAUGUUUAUGCUUUAAAAGUGUUAUUAUGCUAGGAAUAGGCAGAAGCUGUAAAGAGGAAGUAAGUAGGACAAUACUUUGUGUUUGAAUAGGCUUGAUACUUUCCAAAAUAUUCAGACCCCAUCAAAACCUGGUAGCAAGUAUUAUCCUCAUUUUACUGAUGAGAAGCAUGCUUCUAAGAAAGUUCUUUUACAGUAGACAGAAAAUUCAACUCAAAGUGGCCUAAGCAAUAAAAGGUAUGUGUCUUUCUAUGUGUGUGUGUGUUUUU